UUCCCACGCCGAACUCUAGGGAGAUGCUCCAGGUGCCCGGAGCCGGGAGCGCGCUUGGCUCCGUCUGCCCCGCCCGGCCCCCCCAGGAGCCCGCUGCCAAGUGACAUCCGGCUCUCCCAGCCCAGGCACGGUGGGGCGGGCGGCACAGGAGUCCUGAGCGUUUGGGGCAGGGCUGAGGGACCCGGCACCUUCCCGCGGCUGGAGCAGGCUUGCAGCACCAGACCCGGCAAUGCCGUUUGGCUGCGUCACCCUGGGAGACAAGAAAGAUUACAACCAGCCAUCCGAGGUGACUGACAGAUAUGACCUGGGACAGGUCAUCAAAACGGAGGAAUUCUGUGAAAUAUUCAGGGCCAAAGAGAAGGCGACGGGAAAGCUCUACACAUGCAAGAAGUUCCUGAAGAGAGAUGGUCGGAAGGUGCGGAAGGCGGCCAAGAAUGAGAUCAUCAUCCUGAAAAUGGUGAAGCACCCCAACAUCUUGCAGCUGGUGGACGUAUACGUCACCCGCAAAGAGUACUUCAUCUUCCUUGAACUGGCCACGGGCCGGGAGGUGUUUGACUGGAUCCUGGAUCAGGGUUAUUACUCUGAGAGGGACACCAGCAAUGUCAUCCGACAAGUGCUGGAGGCCGUCGCUUACCUGCAUUCACUCAAGAUUGUGCACAGGAACCUCAAGCUGGAGAACCUGGUGUAUUACAACCGCAUGAAGAACUCCAAGAUUGUGAUCAGUGACUUCCACCUGGCAAAGCUAGAGAACGGCCUCAUCAAGGAGCCCUGUGGCACCCCAGAGUAUCUAGCUCCGGAGGUGGUGGGACGCCAGCGGUAUGGACGGCCUGUGGACUGCUGGGCUAUUGGUGUCAUCAUGUACAUCUUGCUGUCAGGGAACCCACCCUUUUAUGAGGAGGUGGAAGAGGACGACUAUGAGAACCACGACAAGAAUCUCUUCCGCAAGAUCCUGGCUGGCGACUACGAAUUCGACCCGCCUUAUUGGGAUGACAUCUCCCAGGCGGCUAAGGAGCUGGUGACACGUCUGAUGGAGGUGGACCAGGACCAGAGGAUCACAGCUGAAGAAGCCAUCUCCCACGAGUGGAUUUCUGGCAACGCCGCCUCAGAUAAGAACAUCAAAGAUGGCGUCUGCGCUCAGAUCGAGAAGAACUUUGCCAGAGCGAAGUGGAAGAAAGCUGUGCGAGUGACCACGCUCAUGAAGCGACUCCGUGCACCCGAGCAGGCUGAACCAGCAAAGCCAACCCUGCCAGCUGCCGCCAUGCCGGACAGUGCUGCCUCGCCGGCCCCCACCACCGCCGCUGCACCUGACAACACCGCCCCGACGGUGGGAUCCUUGGCUACGUGUAAUGGAGAAGAAGCCACUGCCCCCAGUGCUACCCCCGAGGCCUGGACCGAGGAGACUGGCUGAGCAAGAGGGACGGGGUGGGGAAGCAUUGGAUCUCUCAUUGUACAUAGUUGCUGGCAUGGUAUCCAAACCUCCCCUGGCUCUCUGUCUGUCUCUGCUGUGUGCCUGUCUGUCUGACUCCGUUUACCCCCAGCUGGGCCGCUGCAGAGAGCUUCUGAUUUCUAUGUUCCUGAGCCUGGAGCGACCUGAUAGGCCCAGGUGGACAGACAGAGGCAGAAGCAGAGCCCCUUGCAUGGAGUUUUCUCUCUCUCCUUUUCUUUUCUUUUCUCUGUCUCCUUUGGUGGCUUUGUUGGUUUCCUUUUCCGCACUGGAGGCUGCUCUCUCAAUCUGCCCACUCACUCACUCACCUGAUCCCCUAUCGCUGGGCCAAGUGAGGGGAAGCUGGCACAUCAGGAUCAAACACAAUCACCCUCCGGAGUUCCAGAUCCAAUUGUUUCCAUACUCAGUACGUGUGUGCGCGCAUUUACAUACAGCUGCAUGUAUGUGCUGUGUGUCUAUUGCAGUAUAUGUGUCUCCAGAUAUGGGGCGUUUGUGUGGAUGUCCAUAUGAAUUAGUAUGUAUCUGGAUGUCUGUGAUUAUGCAUUGGUGUGGGUAUGUCCAUAUGUGUAUCCAUGGGUGAACAAGUUUGCGUGUAUUGGGUGCAUUCACCUGGGAGUCAGGAGAGAAGCAACCCUGAGGCAUUUAGGGAAGGAUGUGAGCACCAGUCUGGAGAGCAGCAGCUGAGCUGAGCUGGCUGGAGCGAUGGUGUAACAGGGAGGGGGGUAGGGCUAGAGAUUCAAGUGGCCUAGGGCAGGAACGCUGCACUUAGAUCCCAGAUAAAGCUUCCCAUGCAAUUGCUGGCACCAGUGGGACUCCCCUUCCCAUGUCCACAGGUUCCUGUUGAAUCAUAGAAGAUUAGAGUUGGAAGAGACCUCAGGAGGU